GUCAAAACAGCUCCAGAUAUAUCGUUACAAACAUGAACCACAGAUUCAAGCAGAAGAAUCACUGCCUCUUUGGUAGCCAGUUUAACCAGACCACAAGAAACUUCCAUAAUAACACAUUGCAUCAUUUAGGAUCCUACAAAGGCCAUCAUGUUGUUUGCCAUCAAUCCUAUCAAGGUGGAUUCAAUAAUAAUUUGUUAUCAUACAACCCCCAAUAUGGAGGAUUUGAUAAAGGAUACCAUAGACCCAAGCACUACCCUCAAGAACUCCGCAAUUUUGGAGGGGUCUUUAGAAACUCCCAUCACGAAGAAUUUCAAAGAACUAAUAAUCGUUUCUCAAACAACUUCCAUUAUGGAGGAUUCCAAAACUCAAAUUAUGGUUGGUGGCAGAAAAGACUUCAUGGAGAAAACCAACACUUGCACAAUGAAGGAUUCCAUCAAGCUUCUAGACACAUAACUCCUCCAAGAGAACAUAAUGUGACCACUGUUUACAAACAUUUCAAUCACAGAUGUGGAUAUGAUCAAGUGGGGCAAAACUAUGACCAUGGGACAUAUUUAAAAAACACUGGAAGAAAUGGUGGCCAGAACAGAAAAGGCUUCCUUAAUAUUAAUAACAAGGAGUCCAUGAAACACCUGAACGAAAGACUUUCAUCUUAUAUGGGGAAUAUCCGCUCAUUGGCACAAGAAAAUAUUCAUUUGAAGAGGGACAUCUGUGAGUGGUAUUCAAAAGAAACCUCCCCAACACUCCCUGACUCAAACAAAUAUUUGAAGAUAAUAGAGGAGAUUCGGUGUCAGGUACAGUAUACAGUAUAAAACAAUAUGUUUAGUUUUUUCUUUCAUAAUAUGCAUUUAGGAGACACCAUCAUAAUUAAGAAAUAUAAAUGUUACUGUCUGAAAAUUAAAACCUUGCAUCUGUUACUGUUCCUGCUUGAGUUGUGUAUAAGGCAGUUCCUUCAAAAGUGAAAAAGUAUUCAAUUACAUAUUGCAUCAAAAAAUGAUAUGCCUUUUUUGUGCCCUUUUUUAAAGUUUUGGAAAAUUUGGAGAAUGGAUAUUUUUUUGCUAUUUAAAAAAAACAAAAACAAAAACAGGUAUAAUAACAUGCUCAUGGGGUGUUUUUUUAACCUUGUCAGUACAACAUGGGAUGGCCAAAACCAGGGGUAGACAACCUUCGACACUCCAGAUGUUGUGGACUACAUAUAGAUAUUACAUGUCAGCUAGUUAGUGCAGUGGUAACAUUACUGCCUUAAAACUGGGAAAACCAGGUUCCGUUCCUGGUCAGACGACUUCACCAGUAAGUGUCGUCAGACAAGACAUCAAAUGCUAAAUAUCCACCUACCUCACAUCCUCAUAUAUAGUAAGGUUGUUUGCAAAUGCUAUUUAAAAUCAUGUCUUAUAAAGGCAAAGCAUCAGGGGAGAUGUAUUCCACAACAUAUUGAGUGCCAAAUAUUGCCUACCCCUGUCCUAGAAUAUCUACCUUAUGAGUCAAUGCUUUGUAUACCACUGAAAGCUAUUUCUGUCUACUUUGUUGAGCUUUUGAGUAUCUGUAGAAGACAGUCACAACUUCCACAAAUUGUACACAGACAAUUUAUUUUCAUUUCUUUGUUCCUUUUUCUUAAAACACAAAACGAAAUAAGCAAUGCCCUGGAACAAACUCCAGACCAAUAAAAUGUACUGGCUGACUUAUGAAAGUAUAAAGUGCUGCUUUAUUAGGUUUUAAGCAGCCACAUCCAUUUAUAUAGUGAUGAGUGUAUAAGUAGAUGUGUCUGCUGAAAACAAAAUUCCUAAAAUUUUAUUAAAGCACCUAUUUAUCCCUUUACAAAUCUGUGGAUAGAGAUGGAGAAAAUACAUCUAAUUCUCAUUAACAUCUAACAGAAAUUUAUCAUUUCAUGAAAACAACGAACGAUGAUAGUAUUAGCCUUUGUCUCUACCACUAAUACAAAUCAUACUAUAAAUUAAUUUUGAUAUAGAUGUCUCAAAAUAUUUGAAAACUAUUUUUAUUAUUAUUAUAUUAUGUUUUAAGAUCCAUCACUACACCAAAAUUAGUGCAGCUAUUUUUACUGAUAUGUGUAGGUAUAUCUCUCUUAAAGACACUGUAAGCACCACAACCCCUAAGUCCUAAUGUAGAUGCUUUGGCUCACAAGUGCCAUCCUUUUUUUUCAAACAAGGUAAAACAUUGCUGUUCUUGAGAAAUAUAAACGUUUACAUUUGUCCAAAAACUCAUCUUUUGUGGCUAUCAAGCAAACAUCCACUAAAAGGUAAUUCCAAUUCCAUUGAGCUAGCCAAACAGGAAGUAACUUGACAGGCACAUGGUUGUACCCUUGGGCAUUAGGAAUAAACUCCCCCAUACAUACCGAUUAAUGCACAGACAUCAAUAUGUACAAAAAAGUCAUUGUCAAACAAACCCUAUGACACAGUAUAUAACUAGCCUCCCACAACAUUACAAUGACAAUGAACCCAAUAUUAACAACAUAACACCAUGACAACAUAACAACAUAAAUAACAUCAUGAAACAUAAUAAAGUGCAAACAAUUUGCUCAAAUGAUCCAAUGUACUGGUAUACAGAGAUACCCCUACACUCCCAGGUUCUCAGCCACAUGUCAGCUCGAAACCUACCUUACCAACUUGUCCGAAUGAUCCAAUGUAGGGGUAUACCAAGGUUCCCCUACACCCCCAGGUUCUGAGCCACAGGCCAGCUCGAAACCUACCAUACCAACUUGUCCGAAUGAUUCAAUAUAGGGAUAUACACCCCCAGGUUCUGAGCCACAGGCCAGCUCGAAACCUUUUAAACCACAUACCAACUUUUAAAAACACAUAAUUAAUUCAAUCCUUAAUAACAACCCAUUCCACCCCCCAAUGUGUGUGACCAGACGAGGGGUUAACUCCACACCCAAUACGAACUCAAGAAGAUUAUUUUGACCACUGUAACGUGUCUUCAAUGGCAAAAUGCAGUGAAUCUAAUGUGUGAUGAUGGUGAUAGCCACGUAACAUAACACCACUAAGUGUAUACGCAUUCCAUGUAUGUAUAUUUUUUCGUCAAUUUCUAUUCCUGUAUUGCUGUUGUGGCUAUGUGGGUUGCUUCUGUCUCAAUUAAAUUCUUUGAGCUAAUUAAAGUAGUUUUAUUAUAUUUUACUAUAUUUUACAGUAAGGUAUCUCUUACAGAUUUCCAAAGCCAUCAGGGAAAAUACCAGCAUUAUUCUAGAGACAAAGAAAUCCAAACUGGCCAUCGAUGACCUAAAUAUUAAGUAAGACAAUGGGCACACAUAUGACCUAAAUAAUAAAUCUGCUUUAAGAUGUUCUUAUUCUACUUGAUUUAAAAUACAAAAAUGUAUUCUUGAGAAUUGACUGAAAGCUGAGCCACCUGUGAUUAAAGUUAAUAUUUGGAAUGAAAAGAUAUUUUCAAGAAAAGGAUGGUUGGUAAUUUUCAAGAAAACUAUAUAUUGAAAUGUUUCCAUAGGUUUUCUAGCUUCCAGUGUGUCAAGACAGGAAUUGUGAAUUUCGUAGAAUCAAGGGCUGCUUCAAUAAUAAUAAAUUCAAAUAUUCAAUACAUAGACAAAAUAUUAAAAUAUGAAAUAUAUACAUCAUAUAUAAAAAUAUAUUAAUGUAUCAUGAAAUGUCAAAAUAUUAAUUUUUUUUCAAAAUAUUAAAUAAUUUUAAACGUUUAUCCAAAAAUUAAUAAAUAUUUUCUGAAAAAUCUAAAAAAAAUUAAAUUAGAGCCAUGGUAGGAUGUAAAGUGAAAUACAAUAAAGUUAAGGAAACUCAAACAAGCAUUGGGAUUGGCUGGAACUGCAACCAAUUAUAAACAUUAUUAAACUAUUGUGUUACAUUAAUUGUAUUUUACAAUGUGUGGCGGAGUUUUUUUUUUGCACUGAUUUCUCAUUGUUAAUAUAGAGUGUUAUGACAUCUGUAUUUCUUACAACAUCUAGGCAUUGGAUAGGCAAGAAUGGUGUGAUCAAGUUCUCCUCCUGAUUUUACAGAGUUCUAAACACAGCAUUCUCUGCUUAUCGCCAAUGUCCAAGGUUGGACAGAUUCAUGCAGAUGAUGUAAAAGUUUAAGUUUUGUAUUAUUAAUUGGGGUUAGGGCUUAUACUAUGGGUGAGAGGACAGACCUGUUUUUUUAUUGUUAAACAUUUUCAAAACUAGCACCACAUAACAGCUACAAUAAGUGGUUAUGGUGUUCCAAGUGCCCCUUUUUAAAUAAAUUAUAUAUUGCAUUUUAUGCCUGUUGGCAUAUCAUGCUAUCUGCAGUCCAAAUAUUUUGUGUAAUUUAAUAGUUUGAAAUAUCAAUAGGUAUUAAACUAUUUUCGCCAAAUCCCCACGCAGAAUAAAUACAUUGAUGGGAUCAAGUUGAGAAUUUAAGUUGAUAAAUAAUCACAUUUAUUUUUUUAUACACCUCACCGCAAUUUAUUUUUGUAAAACACCAAUCAGUUUCGAUUUAUUGAAUAUAUCUAGUUGGAUAGGCAGAUCAUUUGAAAAAAUAAAUAUAUUUUAAUUUCUGCUAGGUAUAAGGAAAAAUGUGAGUUUAAUAGUAUGGGAACAGAUGUGAAAAGUCUUCAGAGAACAUUGGGAGUACUUAACCAUGAGACUGCAGAGCUGAAUAGACAAGUUGAAAACCUCCAGCAAAAGAUUCAGCAGAUGCGGAGGGAUAAUGAAGAGGUAACAAUAAAAAAAAAAAGAUGUUACUAAAAGUAGACUAAAAUUUGAAAUCAAAUUUUUUAUUUUCGGAAAUAUUGAUGACAUGAAAACAAUUACAAACUAACUUGCAUUUAUUUUGGUGCACAAACCCUCAAGCUGUAUCAAAAAUAAGGCCAGGGGUGCCCAGUAGUUUCAAUCUAAUCAUAAAAGGGUGUCCUUCACCCCAUAGCUACGGGGGUCAUAUUGUGACACUAUCCUUAAAAUUCCGGAAAAUUCCCAAUUUAAAAACGAAAUCAGAACAGCACACUCAUACUUGGUACAUGACAUUGUAAACACGAAGAAAUCUUGAAAUUAAAAUAGGCCUUAAUGGAGAGCACCACAAUUCUUAGGUCCAGAAGAUUGAUGGGAAAUCCAGAGAGAGGUGAACUGAAUAGUUUCCGUAGUAAUAGUUAUUACUCUUUCACAUGCAGAAGAUGAAAAUGCAGCUUCCAGAACUGGGCCACCGAGUUAAAGUUGAAGUGAAAGCUGCUUCAUCUGCUGAACUGACUCAAGCAUUACAAGAUAUGAGAAAGAAAUAUGAAAAGCAUAUGGAGAAGAACCUUAGAGAUGCUGAAAUCAUUUUUCGACAAAGUGUAAGUUAAUCUUACCUAAAUUGUAUCUUUGAAAUUUGUAUAACUCUGCCGUAUUUGUCUUUGUUCCUCUUUCUAUCAUAUGCAUUUGUUACCUUUUAAUGUUUCCAAACUUUCUUUCAACCUGACUUUUGAUUGUUAAUGAUAUUGAAGUCUUGGCUUUAAUUAGGCCAGUCUAAACAUUAAAAAAACAGGAUUUCCUCUAGACUUACUUUCCGUUAUGUGCUAUUAUUAUGUUCUUGUUGUUAGUCCUGGCUACCUUUCCAAUCCUUUAUGUUGAAAAUGUUCUCCUAGCAUGGUGCUACCACCAUACUUAUCGUGUUCUCAGAUGUGGCAGAACUGUUGACCUUUCACCACAGCUAGAACUUGACUCAAAGUGUUGAGAGCAGUGUGGUAGGUAUAGACCUGUUAUAAGCCCUUAUCAGUUCCUCCUAUUCUGAUAGUCCUCCUGUUCUGAAUUGGAUACAUUUUUGGCUAACAGGCCCUCAAGCCUAUGCUUGAGGACAUGUGAAGAUAUAUGCUGAGAUAUAAAAAAAAUGUAUGCACAAGACCAAAAUGCAAAGAAUGUGUGUAUAGUGGAUGCAGAGAGUGUGUGUGUGGCAGAUGCAGAUAAUGUGUGUGUAGUUGAUGCAGGGAGUGUGUAUGUGUGUAGUGGAUGCAUAGUGUAUGUAUAGUGGAUGCAGUCUGUGUGUGUUUAGUGAAUGCAGUGUGUGUACAGUGGGUUCAGUAUAUCUGUGUAGUGGAUGCAGUGUAUUUAUAGUGCAUGCAGUGUGAGUGUCGUUGAUGCAGAGUGUGAAUAUAGUGAAUGCAAAGUGUGUGUGUAUGUGUAGCAGAUGCAGAGUGUUUGUAGUGGAUACAAUGUAUGUGUUAUUGUGUGUGUAAUGGAUGCACAUUGUAUCCACUACAAAAACUCUGCAUCUGCUACACACACACACACACACACACUUUGCGUUCACUACUUGUACUGGAUGCAGUGUGUGUGUAGUGGACGCAGCGUGUAUAUAGUGAAUGCAGAGUGUGUGGAGUAGAUCCAUUGUGUAUGUGUGUUUAAUGGAUUCAGACGGUGUGUGUGUAGUGGAUGCAGUGUGUGUGUAGUGGAUGUUGUGUGUGAACAGUGGAUGCAGUAUGUGUGUGUACUAGAUGCAGUAUGUGUGUUUGUGUAGUGGAUGCAGUGUGCGUGUGUAUAUAUGUGAGUAGGAUAGGAGCUUUAUUCUGUUAGCAAAAAGCUCUUUUUUUUAUUUUACACAAAUUAAUGAAUUUUAUUCCCCACUCCCUGCAUCUUAUUUGUAGCCAGGAAGGGUGGGCAUUUCACUUCCUGGUGGUCCAGUGCCAGCUAUCUGUAUAUUGAAGAGGGGGCCCAUACACAAGAGUUGGAGAGAGGAGCUACCAGAAGCAGAAGAGUGCAUGUGCUGGGCCCCCUCUUCUCUAUACAAGAUGCAACCAGUGUUCCUAGAUAGCGAUAAAUGUUAUACAUAUGUGGACACUGGGAAUGUAAGCCUGGGCCCCAUGCAGCCGUAUCGGCUGUACCCACCUGAUGGUGAUCCUGCCUCCUUGGUGUAGCCCACUUCCUUGUUUCUCCUCCUCUAUUCUUCUUCAGACCCCAGCUCGAAACUUAAUGUGCAGUCUAACACAUACACAAGCAUUAUCACUACAUGUGUAUCAUACAUACAUAUACAUGCAUAUACAUGCAGCAUACAUAUGCAUUCACAAAUGUAUACAUACAUUAUUAAACACACAGGCAUUCACAGAUGUCACAGACAUAAAUAUCUUCGCACAGACUGCAAACAUAUACACUGCAAUUGUAUAAAUGAAUGUAAAAUGUGUACAUAUGAUUGAGUAGCAAUGUAAUAAUGUGCAUUAGGUGAAAGGAAGUGUAUAGAAUUUAGUAUGUCUAAAUCAGGGGUGCCCAAAAGGUAGAUCCCCCUAAGUACUAGGAGCACAUAAUGCUUUGCCUUCCUUUAGAAUGGCAAAAUAUCAUUAAAGUUGUCGUUUUUAAACAUCUAGGGAUCAGCCAUUGGGCAUUUCUGAAACUUGUAAUGAGUAAUUAUACAAAAAUGUUUAAACAUUUCAUAUUUCACAAGAUAUGAUUUUUUUCUGUGAAUGUUGGUUUUGCAGAUUGAAGGUCUGUAUAAAAAUGGGUCUUCUGGCUUCGAGCAGAUAGAACCAGUUCAGACAGAGCUCAUUCAUUUGAAGAAAUCUCUGCAGACACUAGAGAUUGAAUUUCAACGUGAUGAGGACAUGGCAAGUGGACCAACUUUUAUCAUACAUUACGAAUUUGAUGUUUAUUAGUGAAUCUUUAGCCCUGUAGACAUUUAAAACUUUAUUUUCAGUGGUAGAGGCCAUCAAGAUCUUUGAGUAAAACAAGUCCCCAAGUCGAAGUCAAAUUAAAAAUAUAGCCUUUGGUUAAUUUGAUGCUAAAAUAGUGUUUGACUGUUUUGGUAAAAAAAUGAAAUUCAGUUAGCAUUCACUCUGAAUUCGAGAAAAUUCACACGUUAGUGAAUGAACUAGACAAUCUUACACCUUUUAUAUAUCAUAUUUUACUACAACAGCGUAGGUUUGACAAUAAUUGAUUUUGUUAAUAAUAAUCUUGAUUUUGUUAUAUAUAAAAAAAAAAGCUAAAUAAAUGAAUAUGUGUCAGAAAACAUUCAAUUCGAAUGGUUAUUCAUUUUAAAUAUUGACAUUAAACCUAGGUAGCAGAUGUAGUUUUUUCAAAAUGUGUAUACAUUUAAAAUGUUCCUUUACAAAGGUAGGAGAAGUAGUUUUUUACAAAAUGUGUAUACAUUUAAAACGUUCCUUUACAAAGGCGCAUUUAAAUAUCACUAAUAAGAGACUAAUGGAAGUUAUAGUUAACAGAAAUGUGAAGCAGAUAAUAUCUAGCCCUAAUGUCUCAUAGACAUAAUCCCCUAAGCCUAACACUAGGAUGAGCUUGCAUAGUUGGAAAAUACCAUCUUUCUGCAUGGAGUCCUCGAUGUGACAACUUGCAUAGUUUUUUUGUGUGUUUUAUUAAUUUAUUUUCAUUUUUGCGAAAUUAUAAGUAUAUAUUUUUUGCAGGUAUUAGAUUAAUUCCCCCCCUCCCCUCGCUAUUAGGUGAGUGAGUAAGCAGGGAUUUACCUUGUGCAGCACUUUCCAGGGGGACGGAAAAAACGCUGCCACCAAAUGCCCUGAUAACAUUAGAAGAUGCCUUGUUAGCCUCGUGCCAUGAGGUGCCCAACUGCUGACCGGCUAGCCACCUUAGGGCCCCAUCCCAAGUCGGGGCUGUGCCUAUAGCAGAUGGUAGGUGAGGGAGCUCUGAUCUCUUCUUGCUCUGCAGUGAUGCUGGUACCCAGAAUAUGACAUCACUCUGGCCCCAGCUUCACUAAAGAAGCAGAACAUGAAGAUCCGAGCAAACAAAAUCACACUGAAUGCCAGUGACAAGAUCUACACUGGACCCAGGGAAAUAAUCUCUCUGCCAAAGGUGGGGAGGCAGGGUGAACUUAAAUUAAAAUAACAAAGGUAACCAUUUGCCAGCAUAUGAAAAUGCCUGUGAGUGUGUCAGUGAAUGUGUCUAUCUUUCAGUGAAUGUGUGUGUGUCUAUCAGUGUAUGUGUGUGUGUGUGUGUGUGUGUGUCAGUGAGUGUGUAUGUGUGUCUGUCAGUAAGUGUGUGUGUCUGUCAGUGAAUGUGUAUGUGUGUCUGUCAGAGAGUGUUGGUGUCUGUCAGUGAGUGUUUGUGUCUGAGUGAGUGUGUGGCUGUCAGUUUGUGUCAGUAAGUGUGUGUGUGUCUGUCAGUCAAUGUGUAUGUGUGUCGUUCUGUGAGUGUGUGGCUGUCAGUGUGUGUCAGUAAGUGUGUGAGUGUGUGUGUCUGUGAGUGAAUGUGUGUGUCUGUCAUAUUGUGUCAAAUUAGUGAAACUGCAUGUAUGACAGUGUUUGUCUUUCACUGAGUGCAUGUCAGUGUAUUUAAGAGUUUACUUGCCAGUGAGUGGUUGUGUCAGUGUUUGUCAAAUCAGUGAGUGAGUGUGUCUGUCAGUAAAUGUGUGUGUUGGUUAAACAGUGUGUGUGCCAAUGACUGUGCAUCUGUCUAUGAAUGUAUGUCAAUGUAUGUAUCAAUAAGGGUGUGUAUCUGUCAGUCAAAGUGUGCUUCAUUUUAAACAGGAUGCGGUGCAGCCUUGACAUGAAGGGAUGGAGCAAAUUUAGAUUAGGGGGUGUCCCCUUUGUAGACUAUACUGUCAAAUAAUAAUGUUCUGAUCAUACAUAUAUUAUUGAAUAAAUAAAAAUUAACUAUAUAUUAUCUUAACACACAAAAUACACUGGUUUAUAGACAUCUACUCUGGAGAAUUCCCUAGAAGAAACACAAGACCUAUAUGCAUCAAAGCUCAAUCAAUUACAAUAUAUCAUCACUAAACAAGAAGGAGCCCUGGCACAGACUCGAUCAGAAAUGGAAAAACGGAAACAAGAAUAUCACCUUCUCAUUGCUGAAAAAACUCGUUUAGAAAUGGAUAUAACUACCUACAAACACUUGCUGGAUGGACAUGACACCCUGUACGUACUGCAGACUGAACAAAAAAAGCAAUACAUAAAAUUGCCAAUUUUGCCUACGUCUUCAACCAACUAUGCAAACUGACUAGUAUUGUUUUUUUGUGUUUUUACAUGUUUUUGUGUUGUUUUUAAAUUUUUAUUAUAAAGAAUGAGUCAAAUAGCUUCUUUACACAAGAAAAGUCAAAUUUGUGCAGUCAUUCUGCUAGUUAUGUACUCAACGAUGUUUCGUGAGACCUGUAUGGCUCUUUUCUGAGGCCAAAAAACCCACCAGUUGAAUUAUCAAUAUUCGUACAUUCUGUAAGCAGAGAACAUUGUUUAUUAGAACACAUUACAAAUUCUAAAGUGACUUUAACAUUGCAAAGACAUGUUCAGCAUCAUAGCUACUACAGGUUUUUGAAGUGGUUAUGUUACAAAGAUUAUAAGGAUGCAGUCCAUCCAUUUUUUUUUUUUUUAAUCAAACAUGGAUUCUCAUUAGUUGUCCAAAAUAUUUGUGUGGAUAAGAAGGAACUGGUAAAAAUUGUUGGCAUUCCUCUUGGUGCAACUGAAUCGAAGCAAGCUGUUUGGAUUUUGGUUUUGGUUAAUCCCACUUACCCACACAAAUAUCUUUGAAGCAUAAUAAGGAAGGCAAACCAUCUUUGCAAGACCUCCGAUAUCGAGGUGGGUUUUGGACUUUGACUGCAGAGAAUCCAUGUUUUGAAUUAAUCAAUGUCCAUGUUUUUCUAAUACUCUAUAAAAAGCUAAACAUAUAAAAUCUUAGAGUUUCCUUUUAAGCAACAAUGCAUUGAAAUAAUCUUAUGGCCUAAUCCUUAUAUUUUGUAAAAUGUAGACAAACGAUAGAGUUAAAUGUUGAGUAGAUAAAAUUAAAAUACUACCUAUGAUCAUUUUUAAAUGUUCUAAUUACAUUUUAUUUUUUGAUUUACAGUGUAGAUGAAAUCCUGAAGAAACAUGGAAACUGUGGUAUGUAGAAAUAACAUUCAUAAGCCAAAACAAGUUAAAUAGUAUUAAAAGUCACACCUUUAUAAAAUGUAAAAAUGGUUAAAGAAAAAAAAUCUGAAGUGAUGUAUUCUUCUUGCAUACAAGAUUUAAUCUAGAGUAGUUAAAGUAGAUCUCUAUGCCCCCUCGUCCCCCUCGCAACCCAUAACCCAAUAACAAAAUACGAAAACUUAAUAGGUGAAAACAGGCCAAAGUUUUAUUAUAAAAUUGUUUCACCAAUAAUACGUCAAUAACAACUCAAUAUAUUAAAGGCACACUAAAGGCACCCAGACCACUUCAGCUAAUUGAAGUAGUCUGGGUGCCGUGACCCUGUUGCACUUAGUGCUGCAACGUUAAACAUUGCAGUUCCAGAGAACUUCAAUGUUUACAUUGCAGCUCUAAGUCUGCCCUCAGUAGCUGUCUAACACAAAGCCACUAGAGGGCUUCAGGAAUCCAAAUGGACUUUUGGUCUGUUAUCUGAUGCUGGACGUCCUCACAGACCUCCAGCGUCAAAUUUUCUCCAUAGGAAAGCAUUAGGUCUUUCCCGCCGGCUGACAUUGGCAGGGGAGGAGUGUGGGCGGAGCCUGACCCAGCACCGAGGACAUCUGCGCUGGAUUCAGAUAAGUGGCUAAAUGGGUUUUAACCUCUUCAGCCAUGCAGGAGGGAGGCCCUGAGGGGGUGGGGGUGUGGGGGGCAUUAUCCCUGUAGUGCCAAGAAAACGACUUAGGAUCCCUUUAAUGCAAUAUAAAUAACUUUAUAACUUAACAGCAACACAAUUGUCGUGCCAGCCUACAUAAUGUGCAAUUGAACUCUCCUGGGCUCUUGACCUCUCCUUUCUUUCCAAACAACGCUGGCUUCAAAACCUGGCCAAUUAUAGAAUGGCUGAGGGCUACAGGAAAAAUGAAGUGGUUAUGUUACAAAGAUUAUAAGGAUGCAGUGCAUCCAUUUUUUUUUUUUAUCAAACAUGGAUUCUCAUUAGUUGUCCAAAAUAUUUGUGUGGAUAAGAAGGAACUGGUAAAAAUUGUUGGCAUUCCUCUUGGUGCAACUGAAUUGAAGCAAGCUGUUUGGAUUAGUGGCAAUUUGGUUUUGGUUAAUCCCAUUUACCCACACAAAUAUAUUUGAAGCAUAAUAAGGAAGGCAAACCAUCUUUGCAAGACCUCCAAUAUCAAGGUGGGUUUUGGACUUCGACUGCAGAGAAUCCAUGUUUUGAAUUAAUCAAUGUCCAUGUUUUUCUAAAACUCUAUAAAAAGCUAAACAUAUCAAAUCUUUGCACCAUAAACACUACAAUAAACUGUGGUGCAUCUGGCUUAGAGUUUCCUUUUAAGCAACAAUGCAUUGAAAUAAUCUUAUGGCAUAGUCCUUAUAUUUUGUAAAAUGUAGACAAACGAUAGAGUUAAAUGUUGAGUAGAUAUAAUUAAAAUACUACCUAUGAUCAUUUUUAAAUGUUCUAAUUACAUUGUAUUAUUUGGUUUACAGUGUAAAUGAAAUCCUGAAGAAACAUGGAAACUGUGGUAUGUAGAAAUAAAAUUCAUAAGCCAAAAUAAGUUAAAUAGUAUUAAAAGUCACACCUUUAUAAAAUGUAAAAAUAGUUAAAAAAAAAAAUUCCAAAUGGACUUUUGGUCCGUUAUCUGACGCUGGACGUCCUCACAGACCUCCAGCAUCAGAUUUUCUCCAUAGGGAAGCAUUAGGUCUUUCCCGCCGGCUGACAUUGGCAGGGGAGGAGUGUGGGCGGAGCCUGACCCAGCACCGAGGACAUCUGUGCUGGAUUCAGGUAAGUGGCUGAAUGGGUUUUAACCUCUUCAGCACCGCAGGAGGAAGGCCCUGAGGGAGGAGGGGAGCUAUUAACCCUUUAGUGCCAGGAAAAUGACUUAGGAUCCCUUUAAUGCAAUAUAAAUAACUUUAUAACUUAACAGUAACACAAUUGUCGUGCCAACCUACAUUAUGUGCAAUUGAACUCUUCUGGGCUUUUGACCUCUCCUUUCGUCCCAACCAACGCUGGCCUCAAAACCUGGCCGAUUAUAAAAUGGUUAGGGCUACAGGAAAAAUGGCUCCCUAUUUAUACAACUCCUCCCCUAUUGUCUGGACCACCCCUAGCCCCAUGGAUCCACCCCUAUUAGCUAUACUACAUGCCCCUUUAUCUGGCCAACUGCUCCCGCCUCCUCAUGUUCUUUAUUAUGAUUCAGAAUCUAACACAUCCUAUUAGAGACCACAAAAAUAUUUAGGAGAAUAUGUCAGCACUGUCAUUACAUAGAAAGUCAGUGCUAGAAAAAAAUGCUUGGUUACUGGGUCAUCCUCAAAAAUAUGGAAUUGGAGGAUACUGUUACGUAAGCUAUGAUAGGACUGAUAAUUGGCAAAAGCUCAGAGAAACCUCAAUAGCAUACCUUUUGGUUGGUUCUCACUCAAUACUCAAAAAUGCUUUUGCUCAUUGUACUAUUGCAGAAAGAACCUAUACUAGUUUCAUAUCAGACUGAUCCUGCUCAUAAGGGAAGUCCAGAACCUAAUUGUCAGCAAAAUUCCACUGCACUAGAGAUACAGAAAUUUCUGGCAAUUGUUUCGGCCUUCUUAUGGACUUCGUCAGUACUCUGAUAUGCACAUUGUUAUGGAGCCUAGUUCUCAGUCUGAACACCUCCAUCUAUUGUCUUCUUCUUCCAUGAGAAAGUCGAACUUCAUUGAUUAUACCUCCCCCCAGACAUUAAGCAACACAUGAGCAGGCUUGAUUGUCACAAACAACUACAUUUAUAGAGACAACAUCAGGGGGUUACACACAAGAACAAUGGGUUACCGACCUGGUGUCUCUAGGUCUAUGAUAUAAUUAAAUUAAAGACAGAUAACUUUAUAAGUCCCCAGACACCAGAACAGCCAAACAAUACAACACAUAACAAAAAGAAAAGUCCUGCGCUCACACAUAAAAUCAUCACCAUAAGUUAGACAUAAUAAUUAUACAUCCACAUAUAUGCCUCAUUCCCACAAGCAAAGUUUCCAAAAAACACCCAGUUUGGAUGUGCCUAGUCCAACAAAUCAUCAAAUUAAGUUGGACCAUGCUAAGAUCAUACGCUAAUCCAGAAAAGAGUUCCAGGCUGUUGUGGUCAAGAGCUGGUCUAGCGAUUGUUGGCUUGUCAUUCCUGUACCUCCGCUCCAAAAAGUGCCCUCCUAGGUGUUUGAGGGAGUAGGAACUACCAUUUGUUUCAUUGACCAGCCGCACUGGACCAGGCCAACUUACUGUUCCAUUCAAUUUCCAACUGGUCCCACUGGAAGUAUUGCAGUUGUCCUGGACUCCUGGAACUGUUUUGCUGACAGGAGAGGGAAUGCUCAUGGUAUAAGCUUGGGGAGGGUUAGAGAUGGACAGGAAAGACUAGUUUGUUUGCAGAAUUGUUCAUUUAGGAAUCCUACACCAUUUAUUCCACCGUCCUGGUGCAGGAUCUGUCACACACAUGGUAUAGGUUCUUUCUAUAAUGACAAGCAAGCCAAAAAAAAAAAAAGUGAGACCUGGGUGGGGACUAAACAACAGACAAGCUAUUGAACAUUAGCAUAGGUAAGACAUCACUGAAGCUCAUUUACCUUUUCCUCAAUUAUUUUGCUCUGUAGGAAAACACGAUAUGAUGAAACAUGACACAGAGAAAUCCUCGAAAAAUGAAUGCUAAGAACUUAAUGAAGAAUAUCCUGGACAUCAUCGUGGUACACCAAACCUACUCAGCAUAACAUAUUCUAACAUUCUUUUCUUACUUUUUCUCUUCUAAAAUGGUAUAUUGUAUGUGACAAAUGCAUUGGUUUAGGGACUUUAAGUCACUCUUUUUUAAAGGAAUCAUGUAUCCUAUUGUUAAGAUCUGCAGAACAUGCAGAUUUUAGAUAGCAAACAAAGUGGUGAAAAGCAGUUUUUGAAAAAUUUAUUGAUUGAGAGAAACAUUUUCACUGACCAAUGACAGUAAUUAGAUCAAGAACGAUUUCUAAAGGCCUAUCCGAUGAAGACAGAGGGGACUCAAGCUCUGGAAAAACAUUUAUUAAAUCAGUCAGGGCAAAACUGUAGGCAAUUGCAAUGAAUUCCUCUACGUGGACGGACCCAAGCUUGUAUUAACUUACUUUAUUACAACUUUCAUUUUUCAUUUUUCAUAUUUAGUCAAACAAUGUCCAUAUGUUCAAGGGACUCCAAUAAAUACAAUAUCACCUAUUAAUCUACAAAUGCUGCUAGCCAAUCUAUUAGCAUAUGUACCAACUUUCAGGAUAUAUUAAAAAUUAAGUUUAUAUCAAAAAAGUUUGUUUUCAAUUUGUUUUGUCUCCUACUGGCGUUCUCGGUCUGGCCGCACAGAACUUCCAAGUUAGAUGCAUGGGAUUUCAGUGGCUGCACACACCUCAUCCAUCAUUCUUUUGGUUAGUUAUCUGCUAAUCUACACAUUCUAUCUUAGAAUCUUGGAAUAGGAAUCUGUGAUGUUAUAUUUUCACAGUAUUCCUUUAAGCAUUGCGUGUUUAUUUUUUUCUCUCGUUCAAAGCUCAAUAAAUUAAUAACUAUGUUUUCUUUUCUGAAGCAUUUACGUAUAAUUAAAAUGGUUACUGCAUAUCGAUUUUCAUUGUUUGCUGUUAUGAUUUCCUUUUAAAUAUUAGCAUGUUUUGCUUCAUAUGAAAAAAGAAAUGCUCCAGUGCACCUGUGCUACUCAGUGACAAUUAUGGUCAAAUGGCCAGUAGACAGUGGCACACUGCCAUUUAACGUGACAUAAAUAUAAAGUCCAUAAAUAUAACCAAUUUGAUAGGCAUGUGAUGUCCUAUGUACAGUUCUAGAAGCUGUAUCACCAAUAAUGAUGGAUCUUGG